CUAAACCCAAAUUCUCUUCGGGCCUUCGUCGAAAAGCAAUGUAUUUUCUCUUCCCUUUCAGCGUCCAUGCCGAACCCUGAGAGAGCACAGUACUCAGCUUAAUCCUUCUCUGCCAAUAAUGGCCACCGAGAACAAGCCGAAGUCGGUUGCCACCAAUAGCAAGAAGCGGAAGCAGCGUUACCUUCCCCACAAUAAGCCAGUAAAGAAGAAGGGAUCAUACCCAUUACAUCCAGGAGUGCAGGGCUUCUUUAUUACCUGUGAUGGUGGCAGAGAACGCCAAGCUUCUCAUGAGGCUAUUAAUGUUAUUGAUUCUUUUUAUGAAGAGCUAGUCCAUGCAAAGGAUACGAGUGUGAAGCUUGAGUUGCCUAAAAAACCUUCAAGUAAAAAGAUCAAGUUUGUAUAUUCUGAUGACGAAGAAGAUGAUGAUGAUAAUGGGGUGGAAGGAGAGGAGGAGGAGGAGGAUAAAGAGGAGGACAAGGAAGAAGGGAAUAAAUCAGAUACCAAACAAAACAAUGAUGAUAAAAAUGACAAUCCUGCAAAUGAGAAGUUAGAAUUUCCUAAUGUGGACAAGACUUGCAAUGGAAAUCAAACAGAAAAAAACACUUGUGAUAAUGAAGCUGGUGGUAAAGAUGAACAUCAAACAAAUGAAACUGAUGAGCCUCCAGCAAAGAAGCAAAUCAUAGAAACAUGUGUUUCAAGUUCUGUUGUCCAUGAAAAGGUGGAGCAGAGAUCCAUUGAUAAGCUUAUUGAAGAUGAACUCAAGGAACUGGGAGAUAAGAGUAAGAGGCGCUUUACGAACCUUGAUUCAGGUUGCAAUGGUGUUGUCUUUGUCCAAAUGCGCAAGAGAGAUGGGGACCCUUCUCCUAAAGAUAUUGCACAGCACAUUAUGACAUCAGCUGCAUCAACAAGGAAACACAUGUCAAGGUUCAUCCUAAGAGUUUUACCCGUGGAAAUCGCAUGCUAUGCUUCAGAAGAGGAAAUUUCAAAAGCAAUGGCACCAAUUGUGGAAAAAUAUUUUCCUGUCGAUACACAAAACCCACAGAAGUUUGCAGUGCUUUAUGAAGCUCGUGCAAACACUGGCAUCGACAGGAUGAAGAUUAUAAAUUCAGUUGCAAAAUCUGUUCCUGGACCCCAUAAAGUUGAUCUUAACAAUCCUGACAAGACAAUCGUAGUUGAAAUUGUUAAGACCGUAUGCUUGAUUGGCCUUGUUGAAAACUACAAGGGGUUGGCCAAAUACAACCUGAGGCAGCUUACAUCACCCAAGUAAUAAGCAGCCUAAUACCUUUCUCACGGAAGCACGACAUACUCGUAUGCUAUAUUUUCCGCAUAUUAGCAGAUUGAUGUGCUAGAAUUUUGUCGUCAAUCAAAUCUUUUUCGUUUUAAUGCUUAAACUAUUAGUGAGUUUCUUUGGAUUAAAUUUUCAUGAUAAUUAAAUUUUAUUGCUGCUGAA